CCACACUCUCAUUCGAAGAGAAGUGAAAGAUGCUGCCGCGUAAUUUGGUCCGGCUGGGAUUCCGUAAUGAGAUUAAACGACAAUGCAGGCGACGUUUUCACGUAGAUGAGGCGGCACCGAUAGGGACACGACCUGACACGUCAUCUUCGGAUUACCAGGAAAAUUAUGAGCGAAUGCAGGCUUUGGUUAAAGAUUUGCGGGACAAGGUUUCCACCAUAAUGCAAGGAGGAGGGCCAAAGGCUGUGGAAAGACAUUUAUCUCGUGAUAAACUUCUUCCACGUGACAGAAUCAACACGCUUCUCGAUCCAGAGUCACCAUUUCUGGAGCUGAGUCAGAUGGCUGGUUACAAACUUUAUGGAAAAGAAGAGGUGCCUGCUGGUGGUAUUAUCACUGGUAUUGGUCGUGUAGCAGGGGUGGAAUGUCUGAUUGUGGCCAAUGAUCCGACUGUAAAGGGUGGUUCCUACUAUCCUGUGACUGUCACAAAACAUCUCCGCGCACAAGAAAUUGCUCAACAGAACUUCCUCCCUUGUAUAUAUUUAGUUGACUCCGGGGGAGCCAAUUUACCUCGCCAGGCUGAUGUAUUUCCUGAUCGUGAUCAUUUUGGCCGCAUUUUUUUCAACCAGGCCAGAAUGUCUUCCCUGGGAAUUCCACAGGUAGCCGUGGUGUUGGGUAGCUGUACUGCAGGAGGUGCUUAUGUACCAGCCAUGGCAGACGAGAGUGUCAUUGUCAGAAAGAAGGGCACCAUCUUUCUAGGAGGCCCACCGCUGGUUCGGGCUGCCACAGGAGAAGAGGUUUCUGCUGAGGAUUUGGGUGGUGCAGAUCUACACUGUAGUAAAUCGGGAGUAACUGACCACUAUGCCCAGAAUGACCAGCAUGCCUUACAUAUAGCCCGGCGCAUCAUCAAGAACAUCAACUACAAGAAGGACCCUAAGGUGACAGUGGAGCGACCAGAAGAUCCUGUUCACCCUAUGGAUGAGCUGUAUGGUAUCGUGGGUGACAACUUAAAGAAAACGUUCGAUGUCAGAGAGGUGAUAGCACGUAUAGUAGAUGGAAGCAGGUUUGAUGAGUUUAAAGCGAUGUACGGAGAAACCCUUGUCACAGGAUUUGCCCGUCUUUGGGGUUACCCCGUUGGCAUCAUAGGCAACAAUGGCGUGCUCUUCUCUGAGUCUGCUCUGAAGGGUACCCACUUUAUUGAACUGUGCUGCCAAAGGAAUAUACCCCUCAUCUUUCUACAGAACAUUACUGGUUUCAUGGUCGGUCGAGAAGCUGAGGCAGGCGGUAUCGCUAAAAAUGGUGCUAAAAUGGUUACGGCCGUGGCUUGUGCUAAAGUUCCGAAGUUUACAGUGAUCAUUGGCGGAUCCUACGGAGCAGGCAAUUACGGAAUGUGUGGUAGAGCUUAUGGGCCUCGGUUCUUAUACAUGUGGCCCAACUCCAGGAUCUCUGUGAUGGGAGGAGAACAAGCAGCAAACGUGCUGGCUCAGAUUACACGAGAACAGCGACAUCGAGAAGGCAAACAGUGGACAGAGGAAGAGGAGCAAGCUCUUAAGGCUCCAGUCAUUCAAAAAUAUGAAAAAGAGGGUCAUCCUUACUUUUCCAGUGCAAGGCUAUGGGAUGAUGGCGUGAUAGAUCCAGUAGACACACGUACUGUCCUCGGACUCAGCAUCAGUGCUUCCUUAAAUGCUCCUCAGGAAAAGACAUUGUUUGGGGUCUUUAGGAUGUGAAGUGAUGUUUUGACUUAGAAGAAGAUAGAUGUCGUAAUUUGUUCUAGCAUCAACAGAUCCCAUCUUUAAUUUAUCAUUUGUUUACAACAUUCUAUUUGAAGAUUUAUGUAAAGUGUGUAAGGCCCCUGAGUGACAUGAAGA